GACUGCAGUGUUCGGGGUCGCGAUGUCAGGGCAGCAGGAGCGUGCAGAGCGGCAGCGAGAGGAACUGAGCGCGUCGGCCUCGCCGCCCUCCCGCUUCGUGCUGGGGCUGGACGUGGGCAGCACGGUGAUCCGCUGCCACGUCUAUGACCAGACGGCGCGAGUGCGAGGCUCCAGCGCGCAGAAGGUAGAAAAUGUUUACCCUCAACCUGGCUGGGUUGAAAUCGAUCCUGAUUCUCUCUGGGCUCAGUUUGUUGCCGUAAUAAAAGAUGCUGUCAAAGCUGCAGGGGUGCAGAUGAAUCAAAUUGUCGGUCUUGGCAUAUCAACACAGAGAGCCACUUUCAUUACAUGGAACAAGAAAACAGGCCAUCAUUUUCACAACUUCAUUAGCUGGCAAGACCUAAGGGCAGCUGAACUUGUAAAGUCCUGGAAUAAUUCUCUCAUAAUGAAGCUAUUGCAUGGGGCCACCCGAGUCCUUCAUUUCUUCAGUAGAAGUAAAGUAAUGCUAACGGUCAGCCGCUUCAAUUUCAGCACCCAGCAUGCCACCUUAAGAUUGACCUGGAUUUUACAAAACCUAUCUGAGGUGAAAAGGGCAGUUGAAGAAGACAAUUGUUGCUUUGGGACGAUUGAUACCUGGCUGUUAUACAAGCUCACGAAAGGUUCUUCCUACGCCACGGAUUAUUCAAAUGCCAGCACCACUGGAUUUUUUGAUCCCUAUGCGAUGCGCUGGAGCAGGCUCAUAACCACCAUGGUCUCCAUCCCACUGUCUAUCCUGCCUCCUGUGAAGGAUACCAGCUAUAAUUUUGGAUCAGUGGAUGAGAAGAUAUUUGGCGUGCCUAUACCAGUUGUUGCCUUGGUUGGUGACCAGCAGUCGGCCAUGUUUGGAGAGUGCUGCUUCGAGACGGGAGAUGUGAAGCUAACCAUGGGAACUGGAACAUUUUUGGAUAUCAAUACUGGAAAAAACCUUCAGCAUGUUAAUGGAGGCUUUUAUCCACUAAUUGGAUGGAAGAUUGGGCAAGAACUUGUAUGUUUAGCUGAAGGCAAUGCAGGAGACACGGGCACCGCCAUAAUGUGGGCUCAAAAAUUAGAUCUCUUCACAGACGCUGCUGAGACUGAAAAAAUGGCCCUGAGCCUGGAAGAUUCUGAAGGGGUUUACUUUGUUCCGUCGUUUAGUGGAUUACAGGCUCCAUUAAAUGACCCCUGUGCCUGUGCCUCUUUUAUGGGUUUGAAGCACUCCACUAAUAAAUACCAUCUUGUCCGAGCAAUAUUGGAGUCAAUAGCUUUCAGGAACAAACAGUUGUACGACAUGCUGCAGAGAGAAAUCCAGAUUCCCGUCACGAACAUCCGGGCAGAUGGAGGCGUGUGUAACAACGCUUUCGUCAUGCAGAUGACUUCAGACCUGAUAAAUGAGAAGAUAGACAGACCUGCCCACUUCGACAUGUCCUGCUUGGGGGCAGCCUCUCUGGCUGGCCUCGCUGUUGGAUUUUGGGCGGACAAGGAAGAGCUCCAGAAGCUGAGGCAAAGCGAGAUGGUUUUCAAGCCUCAGAAGAAGUGGCAGGAAUACGAGGUGAAUAUGGAAAACUGGGUAAAAGCGGUGAAGCGCUCCAUGAAUUGGUAUAACAAGACGUAGCCCCGAGGAGCCAAGGAAAACCUGCAGGCCGGGGGACAGGAUGUGCCGGUGGGGGCUGCACAGGGGUCACCGUGUGACUGUGGCCGAGAGGAAAAGAUUCGAAACAAGCCUUGCAGGCUGAAAGAAGAAGCCAGGCUCUUUUAAACAAAACAAAACAAAACAAAACAACCUCACAUACAAAAAAAAAUACUUCUUAUUUUUUAAAUUCAAAUCAUAGUGAAAUUUUUAGGCAGCAAGACCUCAAAAUUGAGUCUUCUUUCUUCUGGCGAUUUCCAAAGGACACUGUCCACUUCUAACUGCAUUUCAGAUACUUGUGAGUCCUCUUUUUUUAUACAGGGAGAAUGGCACAUACUUCAUAGUCAUUGUUUACCCUAAUGGUUCCGGGUCACAUUUUGUUAAAAAUGAUGAAAUGUUUUCUUAAAUUUGAAAUCAAGAGGGCUCUUUGAAACCCACAUAGCUAAAACGAAGAGGUAGUUGAGAGGACGUUUUAUAUAUAAAGCCAUAAUUGUCAAGUGUCAUAUCCUCAGAUAAGCUCUGACGUCACUCUUCAGUGACCUCCUUAGUCAGCGCACGCGUUCCUUUGUCAUGCAUAAAGACACGGCCUUAAUUCUUCUGCACAACCUGAGCUGUUUCGUUGUUUUCAUUGAGGCACAGUGUCACCACGUAGCCCAGGCUAGCCUGAAACAUGACCUUCUUCCUCAUCUCUCAGAUUCUAAGAUUAUAGGCGGGCACCAUCGUGCCUGGGUGGGCACUCAGCAUACAUUGAGGAACGCAUCUCAGUGGACUGAAAGGGAUGUUGAGGCUGGGCAUGGUGGCAAAUAUGGGGACUUUCGAGGCUGCGGCCAGGGGAGCUUGAGCUUGGAGCCUGUCCAGACGAUGCAGUGAAGUCCAGGCAAUCUGGGUGACACAGUGAGGCCUUGUCUUUGAAAAUAUCUCAUUUGUUUGAGAGAAGAUCCUGUUUAGCCCAUGCCAGUUUCUAACUCUUGAACCCCCAACUUUAGUCUCUAGAGUUGUGUGUCACAUUCUAUUUUUAUAAAAUGCAAGCAGUUAAUGUAAACCUUUCUUCCUGGCUCUUUAUCUUUCUUGACUUGUUGAAAUGCUCGCAUAAAUGUCCCCUUUUUAAAAAGUGCCUACUUCACAGAGUUUAAUUAUUGUUAGUUUUGUUUGUUUGUUUGUUUGUUUGUUUUGGCAACCGAGUCUCAUUAUGUAGCUCAGGCUAGCCUAAAACUCCCGAACCUCUUGACUUAGUCUCCUGAGGUGCCAGGUUUGUUGGCGCUUACUCUGACAUCACAGUUUAUGUUGAAGCACCCCAGCUUAUCAGUAACUUAAGAAUUGCCUUUCUGGGUUACUUGAUGUGACUUUUGGUAUUUGUCCUGCUCACCUCUGAGGGAUAGCAGAGGCUGGCAGAUCAGGUGAUGGAAUGUGUCUUGGUGACAAUGGCUGUAAACCAGUCAGCCACUAAGCAGCAGUCCCCUGUUAGGAAACUUCGUGGCUGGAAGCAGGUGGAGGAGUCAGUAGAGAGAGGCCUCAGACUGGGUAUAAAAUUGUCCUGGGGUGGUUGGCAGUGCUCCAGCCUCUUUUACUAAACUCUGUUGCCUCUCACGUCAUGGAGAUUUGGAUUUUCUUGAGGUACAUGAACUUGCCCCCAUCUGGUCCAUAUCCCAUAAAAGUGCUACUGUUCUAGAACUAUCUACUACAUAAUUACCUCACUAAAGGAGCAACUCUUAAGAGGGAAUGUUAUAUUUCUGUCAUAUGUUCAUUUGGGAGUCAGUUAUUCUAGAAUAACAGGUACAUUGUGUUUUUUUGCAAAUUAUUUUCUUGGGCUCCCAGUGUCUUCAAUUGUUAAAAAUGUUUCUUAAUGGCAACAUUAUAGCAAACAUGUAGCUUCGUUUAUUCUAUUAACUUUUGGAGACAAGCCAACAAGAUGUCUCAGCAGGUAAAAGCACUUGUUACACAGGCUUACCAGCCUGAGUUAAAUCCCCAGAAGGAACGUGUGUCCAGGUAGAGGAAGAAAACUGACUCCAGAGUUUUCUUAUGACUUCCACGUGUACAUGGUGCUGUGCACACUUCCUCCAUAAUAAUACUACAAAGUCUAAAAGGCUUGGAAAGGUCUUUGUUAGAGGUGCAUUUGUUUACUGUAGCAAACCAGAUCUUAGGUAGAAAAUAUCUUUUUCUUUCUCUUCUGCAGCAUCGUUGCAGGUUUCCCAUAAAUCUUGUGAGAACUGCUUUAUGUGGAGGUUUUUACAGGUUCUGCUGAUAGGUUCCUAGGAUGUAACUCGGUCCCUUUGUAUCAGGAGAGACUAAACUGUGAUGUUAACUAUGAACGGUCUCUUUGCCGUUCCUUCCCUACACUCUUCCUAACUGACAGCUGUGCAGUCAGGGAUAAAUGCCCUUCAGAUACUGUGAAAAACACCUAAUGUGUCAUCUGGAUUGAAACAUCGACUUUCUUUCUUCCUCCGUGGCUCUGGAUGCUACUCUUUUCCUUUUUUCAUUUCUGGCCAUAUUUUAAUGACAGGGCUUAGUGAUGCUUGUAAUCAUUAAGUAAAAUCAGAAAUGUUAUGUCAUUUGCUUUUGAGGUCGCAGGAACAGUUGUUAAUCAAAAACAGUUGAAGAAUAUUGUCCCUUCAUCUGCCUCUUGAAAAUAAUUUCUAAUAUGCUAAUAUUUCUCAGCAUAUUUUCUCUUCCUUUUGUAAAUCUACCAGGCAUUUUAAGAGGACUCCAGCAAACUCAGAAAGGACAGUGUUCCUGUCUUAACGUGGCACUAACUGCAUUAUCUAUGACUUACUGAUCUUCGAGUCUCUUGUAUUCAUCAGUGGUAUGGUUUCUCAGUGUCAGCAUUGAUCUUUGUUUUGUUUUUAUGACAGGGUCUCAAUGUGUAGCCCUGGCUGUCCUGGAACUCACUGUGUAGACCAGGUUGCCUCCUCAUUCACAGAACUCCGCCUGCCUCUGCCUCCUGAGUUCUGGGGUUAAAGGUGUGCACCACCACACCUUGCAACAUUGACAUUUUGAACUGCAUCUGACUUUGCUUUGGGAUGCUAUGCUGGACACAGUGGGAUGCUUGGCAGUAUCCCUGACCUCCACUGUUCAGCAUUCCCCUGGGUUUUAUGGCCCCAAAUGCCUGCCAACAUUGGCCAUCCUGGGAGGCAAAAAUCAUUGUCAUUUGAGAACCACUGAUGCAGGCUGUUAGAAUAAACAUGAGGAUUUGGUGAAUAUAGUCACAUUCCCAAUAGUCUAUGCACUGUUUUCUCCUGGGAAAUGAAUUCUUAACAGUGAAAAAGUAGAGAGUAUCCUAAAGUGCGGUUUCGGUUUUGCUCGGUAAUGAAGAAAAAGUGUUGGUUGGUUGUGUCCCUUACCCAUCACCUCUGAAGAUGGAUCAAACCUACAGCCUUGAGCCUGAUAGUCAACUAUUCCACUACUGAGCUACAUCCCAUCCCGUAAGUCUCUUGUAGUACUUAUGUACCUCAGCUCUGCUCCUGUGUGUUCACAAUUAGUGGACAUUUGGCCUCACGAUAUGACGGUUAUAUUCUGUAGACCAUCUGUUCCUACCCCUGCACUUCUGAGACAGGGCCCAGGUUGGUCUGGAACUCAUGGCAGUAUUCCUGCCUCAGCCUCCUGGGUGCUGAGAUCACAGGCAUGAAUCACCAUGCCUGGCUUUGCUUCAGUUUUAUCUCUGAACAAGGAAAGGACUACCACUGUCCCAAAGCUUCACUCGAUGCUUCCUGAAGCCAAAGCCACGUUUGCUCCCCACAGAACUUAACACUGUGCCUUCCUGUCUGUGGGUGGAUUUUUACUUCACAUUUAUCUUUGAUCUUACAUUUAUUGGUAGUAUCUUAUACUUGUCUAAAAGGAAGAUAUCUACAGCUAGGGGUGUGAUGUUUAUUGUUUAAAAAAAAAAAGGUUACAUGUCUGUAUAUUUCGAGUAUAUUUUUGUAGAGAUAUACAUCCAUAGAUACACAUGGUAUAAGCUGGUCUGGGAAUUCACCCCAGAGUCUGGUGCAUGCUAAGCAUGCCCAGCUACUUUGAACUUCUUAAGGUAUACUUGAAACUUUCAUCCACAGUUUUAUAUGUUAGACUGCAGCUAACUAGCCUUGUGUUGUGCCCAACACUUUGGUGCUAUAGAAGAAACCUCAUAAGUAGCCUCUUCAUUAAGCAAACACCUAUCUAUACCAGGGACCAGUUUCUUUGUGUUGUGUGUGUGUGUUCUUUUGUUUUGUCUUUUAAGGUUUUUUGUUUGUUUGUUUUAUUUUUUUUGAGAGAGUGUCUCACUAUGUAGCUCUGACUAUCCUGGAACUAGAGAUCUGCCUGCCUCUGCCUCCCAAGUGCUGGUAUUAAAGGUCUCCUCCCGGAGCUACUGGGCCUGGAUUUGGGGACUGGUUAUCAAGGUAAACUACAGCUCAAGAGGCUGGCAAGACUUUUUCAGUUCAUAGAAAUAAUUGCUAUGCCUCAGAGUCCUCCAACUUUGAGUCUACGGUCACCAAAACUAGUCUAAAGAAGGCUCGGAUCAGCUCGAAGGAGUCUGGAUCCCUUUGGGAAGCUUCGAUUGUGCUUUUUCGAGUCAGGGCAAGAAGCUUCAGGCAUACCCUGAACCUUUAAGAUUCUCCUGAUUGGGAAUCCAAAGCCUGAAAGAGGCUUCACAAUUAGGUAAUUCUGAAGUCCUGUUCUUCUAUUCUUACAGCCUCUUUGCCCUUUGCAUUUUUUCCCCACGUCUAGAUAGCUAUGGGGAUUGCUUAGGAAAAACUGAUGUAGGAGCUCACAUGGUUCAUGGGUGGGGUGGCACGGUGCUUGUAUAGUGAGCAUAGUGCCCUAGGUUUGUCCCCAGAGGUACAAGUCAGAAAGAAACGAUCAAGAACCACACUCAGAGUGGCUGUUCCAUUUUAUGUUUCUGCCCUCCAUUCCUGUGUGAGUGGUCCAGUCUCUCCAUGUUCUCUCACCAGCAUUCAGUGAUGUUAAAUACUAUUUCAUGUGCUUUCUGCCAUCUGCUUGCCCUCAUCUUUUACAUCUUUGUUCUUGUCUUUGUCAGUUUGUCAAUUAGAUUGUUUACUAAACGAGCCAUAUCUUUUAGUAAAGUUUUAAAAAUAAUAUCUGACUUCAGAAGUCAGGAAAUAGGACUUUUCAAAUCAUUUAAGUCAGAAUUUUAAAGCAUCUUGAACAUUGUCUUACAGUGUGCCCAACAGAAGGGCAUUUACUUCUGGGCUCAUUACACAGUGUGAGGCUCAUGCUGUGAAAAGAACAAAAACAAGGUUUCUACGGCAACUUUACUUAAGAUUUCCUGUAGUGUGUCCGGAGACAUACUUUAUAUAUAGCAAUUAUCAUGUUUCUAACUGUGCAAUGGUAUGAUUUAUGUAAAGAUUCAAAAUGAUUUUGUGGAAAAUUAAUUAGCAAAGAUGGAUAAGUGUAGAUUUGAAUUCUUAUGUAUCAGUAAUUUAUGAUCUUAUUUCUCUGUUAUUGUGAAUGUUGGUUUUAUUAAAGAGUUAUUGAAACUGUCAUAAACCAUUUUAUAGGUCUUUAAUAAAAUUAAAGAUGAAAUCAGCAAUAGAAAUACUUUUCAUAUGCAUAUU